AUGGCUGGACAAAUAUCAGAAUCUGAUCAGAUCAAGCAGUUCAAGGAAUUUCUUGGAACCUACAAUAAAAUUACAGAAAACUGCUUUCUGGAUUGCAUAAAGGAUUUCACUAGCAGAGAGGUUAAACCAGAAGAGAUGACUUGCUCAGAUCACUGCCUACAGAAGUAUCUAAAAAUGACACAAAGGAUCUCCAUGAGAUUUCAGGAGUACCACAUUCAGCAGAACGAAGCUCUGGCAGCUAAAGCAGGACUGCUUGGCCAACCUCGUUAG